ACUCCUGGGGAGAAAAAUACAAUAUUGUUGGGCUAAAAGGGGCAAGAUGUGGCUUUGAUGGUUUCACUUUUAAUUAUUUGAUGCUUUAAAGAGGAGGUCGCCUAAGAUACAGCACAGAGACUUGAAUGUACCCCGAGAGAGGAAGAGGGAGGAUACUGCGUACCUGUUUUACACGUGGAACUAUUUACAUGUCAGGCUUUUGUUUUCACACGGAUUGUUUACAGUAACGGUCAAAAUAAUGACUAUUUACCUUGGUGUCUUCGUAGUUUUAUCCUUUCUAAUAUGGAUAAAAUGCAUCUACCGUCGACAGCGAGGAGCGUUGUUGAAGUCGUUGAAACAUUUAUCGAGCAGGGAAACAGUCGGAUCUGAUAUCAGAGCUCUGGUUGUUACUGCGCAUCCGGAUGAUGAAUGUAUGUUCUUCGCGCCAACGAUUAUUCGACUCGUGGAGUUGAAUGCCAGCGUCCAUUUGUUGUGUUUAUCUGAAGGAAACUACUACAAUCAAGGAGCACAGCGUAAAAAAGAACUUCUCAACAGCUGUGUCGUGUUGGGGAUACCGGCCUCCAGAGUCACCAUAGUCGACCACAGAAAACUUCCAGACGACCCCAAAGCUGAAUGGAGCAUCUCUCUGGUCUCCUCUGUGAUUGUGAAGCACAUUAGAGCCCACUCCUUCAACAUGGUGCUGACCUUCGAUGGAAGAGGAGUGAGUGGCCAUGCCAACCACAUAGCCAUCCAUAAAGCUGUAAGCCACCUUGCUUCCACUGGACAAGUACCCGAUGACUGUUGUUUGCUCUCCCUGGUGACCGUCGGCCUCCUCAGGAAGUAUAUCUCCUUCCUGGAGCUCCCCCUCAGCUGGCUGCUCUCCUCAUGUCUCUGCUGUGUUAUUGGCUCACAGGGCUACAGGAAAGCCAAAGCAGCAAUGAUCUGUCAUCGCACUCAACUCCUGUGGUUUCGGCAUCUGUACGUCGCCUUCUCGCGCUACAUGUUCAUAAACACAUUCCAGAUGAUUCCACAAGGACCAAAGAACCUGAAGAUCUAUUGAAAGUUUGUUCCAUCCUGAAUGUUACACUAGCCGGGAAUUUACUAGCUUGUUUACACGUCUGAUGAGCUGUUUGGAUCACAGUGAAUAAAGAUGUAUUGUUUAUUGGCUAAAGUAGCCUGAAUACUGUUUUUCACAAGACGUCCACAAAAGAAGCUGACAGUCGUUUUCAAAUGGCACCAAUAGAAAUGUCUGUUGCGUUGUUGCUAUAGAAAUGUCUUUAUGGUUUUCAGUCAUUACACUGUAUAAAAACACUAUGCUAUGAAACAGGGUCCAAAAUACUAUACAGUAUCUCUUGUAUACUACUGAUUAAAAACAUAUUUGAUUUUG